AUGCAUUCCGCCGAGCCGUGGCAGCUUACUGUGAUCCGGACGCGCGGGCUGCUCUUCGUGCGCCCGGAGAAGUCGUGGCGGCCGAUCGUGACCAUCUCGGUCCAGGACGACGGCCAUGACCACGGUCUGCCGCAUGAGAUCGUCCUCGGUUCCGAUGGGCAGAACCCGAACUUGAAGUCCGUCAUACAAAUCCGCGACGUAAAACCCUCAACGCGUCUUGUCUUCCAAGUAUACCAUAAAUCACAAACGAAGAAGAAGCACCGGAAACGUACCCUCGUCGGGUCCGCCAACCUUUCUCUAAACGAGUUUCUCAAUCGUCAUCCUCUCCCACACCACCGACCCGUCGAGUACGACGUCCGCCUAUCCUGCCCACCUCCACAGCGGAAAAGCCCCACCAUAGGUGGAAAGCAGCAACAUAGUGCCGCACUCACUCUCAAAUUCGCGGUUCCCCUUCCCGCGCACGUGGGCCACCCCUCGCGCCCCGGCUCACCUCUCUCCGAUGGACAUCUAGACACCGAUGGGAUGUUUUCGGACGGAGCGUCAUCUUCUAGAGGCCCUAUUUCGGCUGUAACAGAAGAUCCCGCCUCCGAGAGGCCAUGGGAGCGGCCACCUACUCCUGAAACUCUAGGUGGAUCGACCGGCCUCAGGCGCCGGCGGCGGAGGACACGGGGAUUCCAUGUCGAUAGUGCCUCGGAGGACGGCAUAUACGAAUCAUCGGAGGACGAGCCGUGGAUGCCGCCCACACCACCCGACGACUACUUCGACGGCGCGUUCGACGGCGGAUCCGAAGACGCGUGCGGGAGUACACUACUGGGCACGGGCGAGGAGGCCGUGUGCUCUCCGUGUAUACUGCCCAUGCAUGCCAACAGUGACCAGGAAAGCGUGUACAGCAUGGAGCGUUCAGUCUCGUUCGCUGGGUCGGUCGUGGAUAGCUUCGGCCCCUAUCACGAACUGUGCGAGGCCGACAGAGAGGACGACGUCGAGAAGGUGGAGAAGGUCCUGGGGAGGCUUCUCACGGAGUGGUACGUCGUCGGCGCAUCGCUACUAGCUUUAGCCGGCAUCGACGCUGCAGUCUUCGGAUUCGAGUCCGACGCGACCUUCAUCGUGGACGGCUUCGCGCGGAGCGUAGUCGCCAUCGGCGCGAUCGCGGCAGGCAUCGGCCUCGUCAGCGACGCGUGGUUCCUCGUACUAUACAGCGGCGCCAACGCCGUCAAAUUCCAGCGCCUCGCAAAAGACGUGUACGGCUCGUACUUCUUCUUCUGCCUGACGUGCCGGCUGCCGACGAUGUGCAUGUUCGUCUCCACGCUCGCGCUCAUGCUCUUCCUGCUGGGCGUCGCGUGGACCGCGUGGCCGACGGCGGUGCUCGUGAUGUCGUUCGUCGCGGGCGUGCUGCUCUCGUCCCAGUUCCUCGUGUUCGGCAUCCACCGCGCGGUCAACUUCGUCGUCUGGGCCGUGCGCGUUACGUGGCGGAAGGUCGCGGGCGCGCGGCAGUCGGCGAAGGGACAGCCUGGCGCGCCUUUGUCGCAGUCUCAGCCUCAUGCGUCGCAGCCUCAGCCUACGAGUCAACUCCAUCUCCCAGCCGCACCACGUCCGGUCCACCACGACGGAAUCCAGAUGCCUGUACCCGAGCCCGCCGAAGCAGCCUAA